AUGCCCAAAGCCGGCACUCCGACCAAGUCGGCCGGCGCAAGCCCUCAGGCGCUUCCGCAAGCACACCUCGCAAGCUUUGAUGAGCUUGCAGAGUUGCAGCGGAGCUUGCAGUCAGCACAGGAGGCUGCGAGUAGCUCUCACCAGAUUGAGAUGAGCCGUUUAGAGCAGCAGAUGGCGGAACUGGACCAUGCGCUGGCCAUGGAGCCGUCGCACGAGGCUGCCCAACAGGAUCUGGACGAGGGCCAAAGACUGCUCUCACAGCUUCAGACCGAGCUGCUGCUGGCACAGGCGGAGGGAGAGCUUCUGGGUGCAGAAGCGGCAGCAGAGGAGGAUCUUGAGCCAUCAACGCUGCGCGCGGAGGUGGCCAGCUUGGCUGCUACGCUUUCCGAGCGCCGAGCUGACAUUCGAAGCCUAGAGGCUCGAAAAGCGCAGGCCCAGAAGGAGGCGAGGCUUGCGAGUGAGCGCGUGGCCACCUUCGAAGUGUGGUCUCAUGCGGCUCACGUCGAGCUUCGGCAGGUGGCCACGGAAUUUGCUGAAGAAAGGGAGGCCAGAGCGCGCCGAGCUGAGCAGCGAGCGCCGCCUGGAUGCCAAGCCAUGCCCGAUGCGCCAAGGACGCCGAUGGAGGCGGAGGCGACGCUCCCCACAGACGAGUCCUGGGACAGGGCAGACAAUCGCCAGGUCUCAUCAGUCUCCGCAAACACAGCGAGCAUGCGGGGUGUUUCCAGCCGAUGUCCCGCGCCCACGCACGACCUUUUCGGGGAGCUCUGGUGCCGGAAGGUACCGCCACUGCAAGGCCUGUCAAGCAGCGCCUCGGCACCAACGCUGCGCUGA